AUGAGUUCGUCGACUAUUACCGAUAAGGAGCCCUCUAUUAGUAAGGAAUCACAGCUUGUAUCAGAAGCUUCGGCCUCCUUAUCACCGAUGCCUGAACAAAUUAGAGAGUUGGAGUCUCUGAGACUAGAGGGAUUGGCCUCGCUGCGGGAGUGGGAAACUAAUAGGCAGGCUUCGGCGGCAUCGUGGGCUGAAAGGGUUGCCGAGCUCUGUGUACAACUGAGGAAGGUCAUGGAUCAUGGCUUGAAAGAAACACAGGACGCUUGUGUUUUCCUCGUUGCGCGGAUCCAAGCUGAUCUUGCAUAUGCCCAGGCUUUAGAGGCAUUGCCGGAAGACCCAAAUAACUGGAAUGAGUACUCUAGACGGAGCGGCAAACUAUUGCACGACUUCAAUGAGGCUACACAGACCACUCUCAUUGAUAAGGGCCUCAAAGAAGUAGAGGUCGAUUAUAAAGGGAGGAUGGAAGAGAUCCUGAAGGACCUCGAUGGUGCUAUUACAGAAUGCGCGUCAUCAGAGGAAGUUGCCGCGAGAGCAUGGAAAGAACAUGAGAGAAUGUUCAUGUCUCGAUUCACCCAUGCUGUUGGAACAGCCGACCGAUGGUCUACUGAAUUGACCUAUCGGAAGGCUGUUGCUCAAGCAGCACAGAAGCGGGAUAUGGUAGAGGCUCGUCUAGUGUCAGCAGUAGCUGCAGCAGACAGAGCUGAGUCUUGGCGGGAACAGAAUACCACAUCUGUACUACGCCAUUGGCUUACGAAACAGUAUCAACUCUGGCUACACGUCAGCUCUGCUGCACAGGAUCAACAACGGGUCCUCACUGAAGAACUUACUGAAGCCGCACUAUCCGCCACAGGCCAGAUCGAUGCCGUAGCGGCACUGCGGAUAUCAUCUGUCAGGAAGAACUCUAACUCGGCAUCCCCGCGUAGAGAUGAUCCUAGUUUGAAUAAAUCCAUCAUCGCCACCAGCCCAGAGAUGGUUUGCUUGAUGAGGAUGCUUGGGCCAUCCCCACCGCUCAGGAGCCCCGGCCGAGAGUCUAACGACAAAGGUACUCGUCAGAGCUCGUUCCUUCGCCGACUAGCUGGUGCCAAUUCAGCAGCAGCUAGUGGACUGCGUAAAGCUGGGUCUGCUAGUCGAGAUGGAGUUGAAGAUAAUGAUCAUGUCGAAUCAUUGUUGGCUCGACGACCAUUCUUCCACGAUUUACGAGAGGAAUCCCGAAAGGCGGGAAACAACGAUGCGUCCCCUCUCACGGGCCUCGUUAUUCACUCGGCCACAGUCCCGGCUCUACCGAGUACAAAGAAAGGUGCAGGAUGGUUCGGUAGUGGGCCCAAGUGGACAACACAGAGAGUUACUGUUACAGCUGAUGCGUACAUCUAUCUGCAAGAUGAGCUUGACCAUGAUCAUGAUGAUGAGGGGAAAUCAAUAUCGGCUUUGUUGACGCAGUCGACAGUAACGCUUGCUCCAGAAGGGGAUGCCGAGAUCCUCUCAAUUAAGCCUCAGAAGCAGUCAGGGAUGUUUGCCUCGGCACCUAGAUCGCUACAGCUGAGGUUUCCACAAAAUGGCCAGCAUCUGGGCGAAAGAUGGUUGGAGCUGCUCCACCGUGUUCAGUGUCAAGCGAGGAAUCGAGACGAGCUCCUCGCUGCUACUAUGGAUCUGGCGAAUGAAUUCGGGUGGACUCCUCUCUUAGCGGCAGUAUUCCAUGGUCAUGUUCGAGUCAUCGAAUUGUUGUUGAAGGCAGGUGCCAGCAUUAACUGUAAUGUGCUCUUUCUUCCUACUCCCUUCACUAUCGAAAUUAGUCCCAAACUAUAUAUAACAGAUUUCGUCAGCCGAAAGGAUCGAGUGAAGCGUAGGAAGGUACGCCAGCGUGAGUAUGCGAGACACCUUAUGCUCGUUUCUAUGAAGAGAGGUUCACAAAAGGUCAUGGAUGCAGACCCCGAUCCGAGAGCUCAGAUGUCUGAGAAGUGGCGAGGACGAUGGACCAAAGCAGUCAUGUGCAAGAUCAAGGAGAUACGGGAGAGGAUUAUGCUCGGUGGGGAGAAUGGCGUGGGAAUUAGAGGAGAAGAGGAGGAUGAUAGCGGCGGGGAUCGGGGCCAAACCAAGCAGCAGCAGCAACUUCGUGAACUGGCGGAAAGGGAGAAACAGAGGGUACACUUCCAGGAGGCUGCUGCAUCAUCACGCCGCUCAUAUCCUCAAUCGAAUCCUGAACCGGACACAGACGAGUCACAGCAGCCCAACGAGCUGCUUGCCGACAUGGCAGACCUGUCAACAGAGCAGCAAGCUCGAGAGCUUUGGGUAUAUUACCCAAAUAGGAUAGAACUAAUCGUGGUGGACAGACUUAUCGCAUUAGGGAGAUUCGGCCGUGGCCGGUGUAAGAUAUCAAAGAAGGAUUUCAUCGAUAAGGUCGACAAAAAAGGCAGAACGGCACUGUCUUACGCAGCUACCUAUGGACAUGAGCAUAUCGCAUCGAGAUUACUUUAUGAGGGUGCACAAAUAGACUUGAUGGACCGACAGGGGAGGACUCCCCUCAUGCAUGCUAUCUUGAAGGAGCAUCUUGAAGUUGUAGAGCUCCUGUUGAACGGUAAAGCCGAUGUCAAUACAAGCGAUAUCACGUUCAAGUCCCCCUUGCAUUUAGCGCUCGAGACUAGGAAUUCUACAGUGGCUGAGAUCCUUCUAUCGUUUGGAGCAGAUGUUAAUGCAUUCGAUGCCUCUGGCAACACUCCACUCCAUGUGGCUGCUAUCUGUGGGAAUAUGGAAAUCUUAAAUUGUCUUGCAAAACAUGUUGAUGACCUGGACAUACAGAAUGGCAUGGGUGAACGCACACGACAGUACAGGUGUUACCGCCCUCAUGAUUGCAUGUAUGGAAGGCUUUUGGCCCCUCAUACCACCAUUGGCUUUGGCAGGCGCCAAUAUAUUAGCUACUAUUUGGGAGAGGCACUCACUGGCCGCGGGGACCAUGACCCCUCCCUAAAUGCUCAUGCAGUAGUGAACCAGCGAGAUAAGCAGGGAUGGACGCCUUUAAUGCAUGCAGCUUGUAAAGGAUAUAUCGACUGUGUCCAAAUGCUCCUUGAUCGGCGAGCUGAUAUCGACGUCGAGGCCUAUAGUGGACAUAAUGCUCUGGCCAUCGCUAAAUCGUCUAAUCAUGAUAUCGUUAUUGAGGCCAUCGUAGAUGCCAUUCGCUGCAGAUUCGAUACGCGCUCUAUCGACCAGGAUGGUUGGCUCGUAGUGGAGCUUUACGCAGUCGAUGGCCCUAUUGAUCAGGCCGACCUCAUAGCUGAUCAUGCUGCUCUCCAGGAGCUAUGCACCGACGUCGAGGUCCAUCAUGAACUCCCUCUAAAUGAGCAGUACACGAAGGUUGCGCCAGAGAAGAGAGUGGAAGUCUUGACAGCAGAAGGCUUCGUGUUCUUAUCCUAUGCCCAUCUAAGAGAAGCGACCUUAUCAGCCGAACCCGUAAGGAUAGAUAGACCAUUGAGGGCAAAUGUCCGCGGACGAGUGGCUUUCGACAUCGAUUUCCGGGCCGACUGCCGACUCCUCGAGCUGAACAUGUGGCGUCAAGUGAUCACUUCGGAACGUUGGACGAUCCCUGCGUACGUGGAGGAGCAGCGGCAGCAGCUUCAUAAGAUAGAUGCAUAUGUGUACACCAUAGCUUCCAAGCUUCUGAACGAUUCCACAGCCUUGAGGGUGGACGCACAUUCACCUUCUGGUCCUACACAGAGUAAGGCCAAGCAGCAUGUUACCUUCAGCGACGUGAAAUCGGUAUCGAGGGACACUGCUACUGGAGGUGAGAGAGACAUGACACUUGCAGUGAUAUACAGGAGCAUCCGAGGAAUGCUUUUCCUGACUCUGAGAGCUUGUCUCAGGAAGGCUGAGCCCACCAGGUCCAAUACAUCUAUGGUACAUCUAUUUCCGGUGUGUGAGACAUCGUUUUUUACUGCUCCGAACACGGAUCUUUAA